GCCCGCCCGCCCGCCGCAGCCAGGGCGCAGGCGCCGCGCUCAGCGGGAGGGGAACGGAGCGGAGCGGCCCCGAGAGCCAUGCCCGGCGCCAUGCGGCUGCUGCUGGCGCUGCUGGCGCUGCUGGCGCCCGGCCGGAGCGCGGCGGACAGCGGGGAGCAGCCGCCCGCAGUGCCUUCACCAACAAACCUUGUAGUAACAUCCCAAAAUUUCAAAACCGUCUUGAGUUGGCAGUACCAGCCUACGUCUGAAACUCCUUAUUUUGUUGUGGAAAUGAAACCUUACAGCCCAGGUACCUAUAUGACUGUUUCAACUUGUGUGAACAUCUCAACUAAUUCUUGUGAUCUCUCACGGGAAGUAAAGGAAACUUUUUCUCCUUACUGGUUUCGAGUUAAAGCUGUUGUUGGAUCAGAACAGUCUGAGUAUGUUGAAACAAAUGAGUUUAUUUUGCAAAAGCAUGGAAAAAUAGGACCUCCAAAACUGGAUCUCUCAAGGCAUGCUGAUAAAAUCAUAGUUGAUAUUUACCAUCCUGUAUUUCCAUCUAUGGAGUUUCAGUCUUGGAUCACAGACAACUUAGAUUUCAUGUACAAGGUGACUUGUUGGGAUAAUGCAACUCAGGUUAAAGAAGAGUAUUUUAUAUAUGACUGUCAGACGGAUAAAUGUAGCCUAGACAUCGCAGUUACUCCUAAUGGUUCUACUUACUGUGUUUCGGCAAAGGGAAGUUUGUUUGAAAAUCUGAUAGUUGGUGCCCCAUCCAAAGAAAGCUGCAUUCAGGUUCCUCUUGAGCAAACUACGAGUACACAAAACAUUGUCAUUGUGUGUGUGGCUGUGGUGAUCAUGGGCAUCAUUUUGACAUUAUGUUGUGGCUUCAAGAAGCUAAGGGAGAGGAACAUAAAACUGCCAAAAUCCUUGGUCACUGUGAUAAGAAACCUGAACAUGGAUAACGCUUUAGAAUCAAAAUCAGAGGGAAAAUACAUCUCUAUAGUAAGCGUCAUGCCAGUCCAGUCAACAUUGCCUUUGAGUAGCAAAGAAGCCUUGCUGAAUAUAGAGCCAGAAGAAGAAGCUGUCAGUCCUGAGAAUUUCAGUGAAGGAGCAUCUUCUUGUCCUCCGCCAGAGGCACCAGACAAAGCGGAAGAGUCCUCCGUGCAGAAGAUUACAGAGGAGGUCCCUUCUGAUGAUGAACAGAAUUGUAAAGUAAAAGAGAGUUACUUUAUUUCUGACAGUAACCAAACAGAUGUAAGUAGUAACUCUUCAGGUCCAGAGGUUUCUGCCACAGAAAUACAACAAACAGUCAUUCCAAGAAGCUGUCCCAAAUUUUCGGGCUAUGACAAGCCCCACGUGCCAUUAGAUAUGUUGAUAGAUGUUGGUGAAGAACAACCUGUGAUUGCUUACAGGCCUACUGACUAACCAGGAUAGAUGAAAUGUUUAAUAAAAGCUCAUGAAGAACAGCAUUACUGAAGAUUAUGGAGAGCCAGGCUUAUAUCAUGAAUAUCUACAGGUUGUACAUACGCUGACAGAAACAGAAUAACAAGUAUACAGCUUAGUACAGUGGGAUCCUAAGUGGGACUGAGUGUAGCGCCUGAGAACAGUAUGAAAACUGGGGGGGGGCUUCAUAAUAACCUGUCACUUUCAGAAAUACCUGUGUAUAGGACAUAACUUACUGUUUCCUGUUUGAACAAAAUAGUUCUCUGUUAUUUGAACAGUACUCUGUGAAGAGCAGAGAUGUUACGAAGGAGCGUAAAACAGCUGCUGUAUCACGUACGGGAGGUAUUGGAGGUAUUCUUUUCCUUGUCAUUGUUUUCUCUGAAAAUUUUUGAAGAAUGUUUUGUAUUCAAGGAAAUCCUACUGUUUAAGUAAGAAUAUACCUGUAACUUUUUCUUGUGUCACUUAAGAAUUUGAUUCCUUCGCCAAGAACCAGUUAUUUAUGUUCUUUUCUGCAACUAGAGGUCUGUACUUCCAGGGCCAUUACUUUGCACAUUUCAGUGAGUACGUUAAACUUUUUUUUUUAAACUUCAAAGCAGAAGUCCUGUGAUGUAAACAGCUGUUCUUUAAAACGCUGUUACUUCUGUACAGCUGCAUCCAGAUGGAUUGUCUAGAUAUACUGUGUAAUCUUGUCGCAUUUUGGGUAACACCUGUAUAAGUGUGCUGGCUGGUCCUCCGGAGGUGCAGGGGGAAGGUGUGUGUAAUCGGCAGUAGUUCCACAGACUCUUCAGGAAGUGUUAUUAAAAAUUAAUCAGCCUGCUUUCCUCCAGAGUAUUUCUGGUGCAAUUCUUAGAACAAUGUGAUGUUUUCUCAUAGAAACCAACAGGGCUUCUGCCAACCAGUCACAUUUUCUAGAUGGUUGAAAAUGACUGCCAUUUUUUGUUGUUAUGACCUAACUCAGAAACUGUACCAAAUUGUCUUCAGAUGUAUUUUAGAGGGAGGCAACAGAAAAGUAAUGUGAUAAUUUGAAGUUCCUAAAACACUGUCAUCUGAAAGUGCCCUGGAUAUUGUCAUGUAAGAUUAUAAUUUUGAAAAACGAAGGAUGAGAAUUUUAUAUUUAAAAAGCUUUGCAAGUCUAAUGCCUUCAAUCCAGGUACUUCGUCCUUAGUCCAGAUUUGGUGGUGUUUUUUUCUGUUUGUAGGAAACGUUUAUGCUAGUGCUUAGUUCAGGAAAAAGGGAUAUUUUUGCAGACACGAGGUAGGUAGUUUAUACAAAAUUGUCUUUGUUCUAAAAGAUAAUUUUUAUAUGCGUAUCAGAAAUGUUGCUUGUUACAGCAAGUGAUUUUAAAGGGAAACCAGUGUUGUGCUUUUGUCCUUAAAUUUCUCAGUGGCAUGAGUAUUCCUAAGAUAAAGUUUGUACAGCAACUACUGUACAAGUAGUACAACUACUGUAGUACUACAAGAAGGCUUUGGAAAUCAGAAUUAACUUGCAGUUAAAUCUUCAACAAAACUGACUUUUCAGUUAAUAAUAUGGUUCACCACUGAAAUGUGCUUCUUGCAGUCUGUUUUACCAAGGAGAUGAGCAGCUGUGUCUUGUGCAGAGCUUGAAAAUGGUGCCGUUUCUUUCAGGUUUUGUAGGCUGUUGAUAAAUAGGAGCUGCAUAGGGUGCUAGGGUGUAGUUAAGGAUAGGGAGGUUAAGGUCAGAAACAACACAAAUAUAUCAUGUGCAUAUGGGAAAAAUUUGGCAUGGUGGAUAGUUAUGUGUAAUGGAAAAGCACCGUUAUUUUCUAAGCUGAAAGUCAAGCACAGGAGUACGGGUAUUUUGUGCUACACAACAUACAUAUGUAUGCAACUGGCCUGUUCUUGUUACUAUCAUGAAGUUUAUUUAUUUUUUAUUUUUGAGAAGAUUUUGGAACUAUAGUUACAAAAGCCACUGAAUUAUCACCCUCCUGAAUUAUCCACCUCCCUUCUAUGUGCUGUGUGCUUAACACUCAAAGGAAUGGAAGCAGUUUCAACAUUUUAGUUGUUCGGGACACCUGGCAAGUUUUAUAACUGUGAAAUACAGGGUGCACAGAGCACCAGAUUUGUUUAUUUACUCUCUGUGACUGAAAACGUAAGGCCACAGUGAGACAAGAAUGUGUUCAUGGGUCAGUAAGCUCUGAGUCUUGUCUCCAGCUGUUGCUGGUGGCAGUAGUAGUAAGAGACAGCCUAAGAACAGGGGAAGUGUGUGACGAUAUUUCCACUAGGAGACAAUCUAGCUACCAGCAACCUGCAGUGUGGUGGCUUUUUGGAACAGGUAACACAGAAAUGCCUCACUGGCUACAGCAUUGCUUUCCCAGUUCUGUAGUACUGAGUAAUUGAGCCAUGUCUUUUUGAAGCUCUUGGGUGGUAUUUACCUAUGCAUUUUCACUUAACUAUGAACUGUGUUUAAAUUAAUAAGCUCAUAUUCUUGUGAUGGAAUAGUAGUUUGCUUAAGCUCCCGAGUAUUUGGGAAUAGCACCUUGGCACUGGGUGUCAAAAAGCCUAACGUUUGCAGGUUCAAAAUUGCUUAAUAUUCAUGCCUUUUACUGACAUAAAAUACCAGCUAUUCAGUAUGACACACAUAGAAGGUUUCAUCAGUUCAAGCUGCUUCAGGUGAUUUUUUACUCUUGUCACGGCUGUUCUUCUCAUCCUUUCUCCUAAAGGUGAUUUGGGAGGUUGUGGAAUAUGAGACAUCAGAAUAUUAUAUCCUUUGUAAAACAACCUGUAUCACAAACCCUUGGCCCAACAUUUCUAAGAACUUCUUUGGCUGUCCUUUUUGCACUGAUAUUGUAAGUUCUUAUUGUUAGCUCUACAAUUAACAAUGAAGUACUGUGGUAAUACUCUGUGCUGACACGGAGGCAUCAGAUGUUCUGUUUUUAUGAUUUUUCUAUGUAAAUAAAUAAUGUAGUUUUAAAUAGAAAUAAUCGUUCUUUUUAAAUCUACUGGCAUCUGUGAAAACAGGGUAUGUUAGUGUCCCAGUUGCUCAGAACAGACAUUCAAGUUUGUAUGUAGUCAGUUCUUCACUAGUGAAGAUUCCAGGAAACGAAAGUUGCAUGCAAAAGGCUGUUUUUCUCAACUAAGACUAGAAAUAAGUGGUUGCUCUGAAAUGUUAACAGUUCAGUAUUAGUAAGUAGAACUAUUGCACUUAAUUCAUCUUAAUAGUUUCAGCAUGUCUAAAAAAAAAAAAAAAGCACCUUUGAUCUUCCAAGUUACUGAAGCCAAAACACAGAUUUCCUAUCACGACCUGCAUAGGUUUCUUUAGCGUGAUUUUUGAGAGUUGUCCUUUAAAUAUGAAGUCCAUGUUUACUCAUAUGCUUUCCAUGUUUUCUAAAUGGAUGCAAUCGCUGGGUGAAGUGAGACCCCCAGAGGUCCACAGUUCAUUCUUCUCCCCAGGUCAGUAUCAUUCCUCUUCCGUGUUUGCCUAAAGACUCCAUGAGCCCAUCAGGCGAUCUACUGUAGCAGCUCAUCACUCUUAGGAAGUAUUUUCUAAUGUCUAACUCAAGUCUUCCCGUCUCCAGAAAAUUCAUUAUUCACUAUUGGCCCAUUUACCAUACUUCGGUUCUCUUUUCAAAUCUAUAACUAAAAUACUUGUAAAUACUGUAAAUUAAAUUUUUGUUUAUGUGAAAUUAAAAAAAAAAUCUCAAAAGGCAAA